AUGGCCGCCUUUACUCUUUUGUUCACUCCCGCCACCGCCGUCUACGGCCGCUCAGGCUACAACAAGGACGGCGACGACGAGGAGAAGAACGACCGCGGCCGCUCCGGAUACAACAAGGACGGCGAUGACGACGACGAGGGCCAGAACAAGGGCCGCUCCGGCUACAACAAGGAUGGCGACGACGACGAGGAGGACAAAUAA